UCUCUUGGUUGAUUUCACUUCACUUGCCCUUCCUGUUCAGUAACAACAACAGUCAUGGCGGCUGCUGCACGGUUCUUCAUCCGAGGGGCAAACUCCAAACUUUCCAUCACCGGCAUUGGCAACGGGACUCAGAGUUCCUUUGGAGGUACUCUGGUAAAAUUGUCUCCCAGCUCCAACUCUCGCACAAAAACCCAACGAAGACAUGCGCACUUUACCUUCCAGCCUGACCCCGAACGGACACAAUAUGGUCCUACCCAGAAGAUGAACUUGUUCCAAUCCGUUACAAGUGCCUUGGACAACACUCUCGCCAGUGAUCCUACAGCAGUCAUCUUCGGGGAAGACGUUGCCUUUGGUGGAGUAUUCCGAUGCACAGUGGGUCUGAGAGAUAAAUAUGGGCCUGGGGAUCAAACCACCGACCCUCUGCCAAUCACCUUAAUUGCCCAUUCCCCCCCUGAGCCACAUCCACCUUAUUCAGAACCUUCUACUACUAAUUUUGCUUAAUAAAACCCCUAAAAAACCCACCUGUCAU